AUGGGUCCGAAGAGCGCUCCUGGGUCAAGCGGAGCCUCAUCCUGGACCCUUCCCUCCUCCGGGACUUCUACAGGGAGCAUCCUGAUCGGCCCAGUGGAAGCCCUUGUGGAGCUGAUGAGCACACCUGCUUGCAAUCUACAUGCCUCCAUAUAUGCCCUGGUUCUUCACCUCAUCGGCGCCAGAGACUCAGUGUUCACAACCUGUUCUGGGCUGAGUGAUUGUAGCAGCCCUCUCAUUGCCUCCUCUUCCUCCACAGUGACCUCAUCCUCCAUCAGCUCCCCAGGGAGCCACCUGGACCACGGACCACUCAGCAAGUUUGAUGGAGGCUGGUACAAAGGAGAGUUUCAGCCUGUUGUUCCUGAGGCACUCUCAGUCUCCUCCCUGAUGGCAGCAGACACAUAUUCAGGGAACAGCAGUUCAGGUUGUGGAAUGGCACCUCUGAACCCUAGAAUUGUGGGUGGUCAAAAUGCAACAGCUGGAUCAUGGCCCUGGCAGGUCAGCCUACAGUUUGUUCAGAAUGGUAUGCAAUUUCAUUCCUGUGGAGGUACUCUGAUCAGCAACCAGUGGGUGCUAACUGCAGCUCACUGUAAUACAAGGCCAAACAUCAGUUCCUGGAUUGUGGUCAUGGGCAGAGUAAAUCUAGAUAUCCAAAGUCCUAAUGAACAGAGUCGCACGAUCUCCAAGUUUAUGAACCAUUCUAUGGCCAACUCAAUGUUUGACAAUGACAUUGCCCUGAUUCAGCUAAGCAGCCCUGUCACUUUCACCGAUCACAUCAGCCCGAUCUGCCUAGCAAGUAACUCCAGCAACUUCCACACCAACACCAUGUGCUGGGCCACAGGAUGGGGCAGAAUCAGUAAUAAUGGUAUGUAA